AGGUAAAUGAUUGAACUAAGCAUAUUGUGAUCAGAUGUGAGGUGAAAACACUCAGCUAAUUUCAGUAUUAGAACUUGUAAACAAAAACAUAUAACGGCAAAAUCUGCGAAACUCUUGUUGACCUAGAGAAAGCUUUUAAAAGUAGCGCCUUGACUUCCAGAUUUACGUAAGGCCGUAAGCAAACGCCCGGAAGAUGCACCACGCAAUGGUAAAGAGGCGGGGAGUUUGCUGAAAAUAAGGUGAAUUCUGGCAUUGCAGUCUCACUUGAGAAAUGUGUUCAUUGUCCCUAUUUCCACCUCCGCCACCUAAUGGCCACCUCACCCUGAGAGAGGUCAACAAUGAGUUGGUGUUUGGACCCAUGUGUGAUAACUGCCUGUCCACCUUACACAGUCAAGAUCUGAGCCUCCCUUCAGUAUUUAUUGCACAGGAAACGCUAAAAAUGCACAGCCGUCUGGAACACAGUGCUAAAACUGCAUUCAUUCACCAUGAGGAGACUGUGUGGAAGAGAAGUAUAAAUGCCUGGCGCAAUUCAGGACUUUCUGGUUUGUUUGAUGAGAUUGCCAAUUCAGAUGGAGAAGUUCCAAAGUUGUUACAGGCAGCCUCAUGCUUCUUCUUGGCAGUCUUCAGAUGGGUAUCCUCUCUCCAUGGGUCCUUAUACCCUCACCUCACUCUGAGCAGUGAAGACAUGUUGGCAGAAUUUUCACAGGCUACAGACUGGGCCAGAUGCCCUUUGAGAGCUUUUGCUUGGCAUCCUCACACAAGCAAGUUUGCUGUGGCAUUGCUGGAUGACUCCAUUAAAGUCUACAAUGCAAAGAGUGAAACUGUGCCCAUCUUAAAACAUCGUCUACAAAAGAGUGUUGCUAUGUUAGCGUGGAAACCACUCUGUGCAUCAGUGCUGGCCGUGGCCUGCCAAAGCUGUGUUUUGAUCUGGCACGUGGAUCCCACUUCCCUCUCUACCAGGCCAUCAUCUGGUUGUGCUCAGGUUCUCGCUCACCCUGGGCACAGUCCUGUCAGCUGUGUGGCAUGGUCACCCAUUGGAGGAAUGCUAUUGUCUGCCUCACCUGUUGAUACUUCCAUGCUGGUAUGGGAUGUAUCCACAGAGAACUGUAUUCCACUUCAACGUGUUGGGGGUGGAGGAGUGACCUUCCUUUCUUGGUCUCCAGAUGGGAGCAAAGUUGUAGCUGCAACACCAUCACCAGUCUUCAGAGUAUGGGAGACCUGUAUGUGGACCUGUGAAAGGUGGCCCACUCUGAAAGGACGUUGCCAGACUGCAUGCUGGAGCCCAGAUGGAAGUCGUUUGCUUUUUACAGUAGAAGGAGAAUCUGUUAUCUAUUCUUUGCAGUUCUCAGAUACUGGGGGUGAGCUGCUGGGUCAGGUUGGGGGUUCCAAAACUGCUUCAGUUGUAGCUGAUGUAUCCGAAACCACCUUCGAAACAGCUGAGGGUGAAGUGAGGGUAGGUGGUGAGGUACAAUCUAUGGCCUGGGACCCAACAGGAGAAAGACUUGCUGUUCUGUUUAAAGGAGAGUCUGAAAAUCCUGCAACAAGAACCCUUAUUGCAGUAUUUAAAACAAACAACAGCCCUGUGUUCCAGCUUCUUCCAUGUGGAUUUGUUAAGGGUGAUGACGGUGUCUGGCCUCAGCUCAUCAGUUUCCAUCCACAUUUCCAAGGUGGAGCCCUACUUACUGUGUGUUGGUGUGAUGGCAAAAUCACCUACAUUCCAUUUUACUUUGUGACUGCACAGCUUUCCUGGCCCAGUCAAGGACUCAGUCCCGUAUUCUUCCGAAACAGGGGUGGUAGACCACAGGAACUGUUCACAGAAUUUCGCCAGUAACAUUUGAGAUGAUCAGUGACCAAAGUACUGUGAUGUUAUAGCAGUUGCUUGGGUUCUGGUAACAAACAUGCUUACAGAUAAACUGCAUAAGUCAAAGUGUUGUUAACACUAAUUGCUAAUUUUUGGAAGCAGGAGAAAACGUGUAUGGUUAAAUAACUGUUAUAAGGGAUUCAGGCUGAUUAAAUUGAUGUGCAUUUCUGAAUGAGGUUACACAUUCAUGCUCACUAUCAGCUUACCGUGAAAGACAACCUGAUCAGUCUUCCUUUCCUUCAUUCCCAGGGAAUGACUUAUAAAAAAUUGCAGAGUAAGAAAAUCACAAAUCUGAGCUGCUUUUGAUGUAAAAAAAAUAUUAAUUCGUAAGCUGUCUUUCUUCAUUUGUUUUUUUUUUUUCUUUCUUAGUUAAAGUAAAAUUGUAAGUGAAAAGUGAUAUGACGGUAAGAGUAAAGUUAUAAGUGAAAGUAUCUUCCUUGUAUUUGCCUCCCUUGUGCUUUAUAUGAUGUCUACAGAUCGAAUUUUGGGUCAGUCUGGUACAUUUUUUGAACAACUUAAGUCAUGUAAUCAGAGUCCUUAUGAACCUGACUUUUGUGAGUAAACUUCAUGGUCAGUUUUGGUUUUAUUCUUCUUAAAGAUAUCAAAAAGAUCACAAUGAAAAGCUUUUAUAACAUCAUUGACAUAAUUUUUAAUAGUUUAAUUUGGUUUUCUGUUGUCCUGGUUUUCAUUGCCUGGUAAAAAUGACAGUAUGGUACCCAGCAGUCAUAUCACCCUGUAUUUCCCAAGAGUAAUUACUCCUUUAACCCAUUAUAGGGUUUCUAUCCUAUUUAUUAUUAAUAUAGCCAUUUUCAUGGAUAAGAGGAUAUUGGCUUUCAUAUUGUUUGAUGUUCUAUUGUUUAUUCCCUUCAUAAUAGUAUAAUAAAUCUUAGCUGUAACAGUAGCCAUUUUCAUGGUACUGGGGCUGUAAGAGGAUUAUGUUUUUAAGUGAAAAAAAACAGGUAAAUGUAUAAGAAAGAUUCAAUGUUUUUAUUUUUUCCUCUUAUGUAUGUAUAUGUAUAGACUUCACUGAUGAUGAUGAAGUAAUAAAGUAUGAUUAGUACCCAA